AUGUCUAAAGUAGCUAACGUUAAUUCCAGCUUGGCGUAUGAAAUACUCCUUUAUUUAAACAGUUUUUAUUUAGGCAUGUUUUUCGUGUGUGAAGUAGCGAUGGGAAUAUUAAAGGCGAUUAAUGUCUCUUACCCGGAGAACGCUUUAUUGACUGAAGCGGGAAUAUUUUCUGCACUUUGUCUAGUUGAAGUAAUUCGCAUAUUCCUAGGACGCAGAGGAAAUUUAGCUAGUAAAAAAAUUCCUGUAUUCUUCUCUGUAGUACUAACCAUACCGUCAGCAGUAGGGGUAUGCUAUUUCCUCAUAUACCAAACAUACAUUCUACGCUUGGAAUAUAUUUGGUGUGCAGUGAUGCUGAUGUUCCAUGCCCUCGAACUAGCAUUUGCUAUCCUGUUCAUUUUUACAGUGUGCAAAAAUCAACAGUUUGAUUAG